UCCUUAACGUGACUUCUAUUUUGAAAGUCAGAAGCGGAAGCGCUCCUCGUUGGUCGACUAUCGAGUUCGGACUAGCUGGAAUCAUCGAUAAUUGAGGUGGAAAAAAAACAACAGUGUGUUUGAAAGUGAAAUUGGUGUUGGAAGCGUCGAGUUGGUUUGAAUACGUGUUUUUCUGUCGAUAAAAUGGGGAACUGCCACACCGUUGGACCGAACGAGGCCCUUGUGGUUUCAGGUGGUUGCUGUGGCUCAGAUCAGAAGACGUAUAUUGUGGGAGGCUGGAGUUGGGCCUGGUGGCUCAUCUCUGACAUCCAGAGAAUGUCUCUGGAGGUUAUGACCAUCCUCUGUCGGUGUGAGAAUAUCGAAACUUCGGAGGGUGUUCCCCUGGAUGUGACAGGGGUGGCUCAGGUGAAGGUGAUGACAGAAAACGAGCUGCUGGGUUACGCCUGCGAACAGUUCCUGGGGAAGUCAGUCGUGGAGAUCAAGAGUGUCAUCCUGCAGACCCUGGAGGGUCACCUGCGCGCCAUCCUUGGCACCCUAACUGUUGAGCAGAUUUACCAAGACCGAGACAGAUUUGCCACUCUGGUGCGAGAGGUGGCAUCACCUGACGUCGGCCGCAUGGGUAUCGAGAUCCUCAGCUUCACCAUCAAGGAUGUAUAUGAUAAAGUGGAGUACCUGAGCUCGCUGGGCAAAACGCAGACCGCUGCAGUCCAGAGGGAUGCGGACAUCGGCGUGGCAGAGGCCGAGAGAGACGCUGGCAUCAGGGAAGCUGAGUGUAAGAGAGAAAUGAUGGAUGUUAAGUUCUUAGCUGACACAAAAAUGGCUGACUCCAAACGAGAGCUGGAAAUGCAGAAAGCGUCCUUUAAUCAGGAAGUGAACACAAAGAAAGCAGAGGCUCAGCUGGCGUACGAGCUGCAGGCGGCCAAAGAGCAGCAGAAGAUCUGCCUGGAGGAGAUCGAGAUCGAGGUGGUGCAGAGGAAGAAGCAGAUCACUAUUGAGGAGAAGGAGAUCGACCGCACCGAGAAGGAGCUGGUGGCCACCGUGAAGAGGCCCGCCGAGGCCGAGGCCUACAAGAUGCGGCAGCUGGCUGAGGGUCAGAAGAUAAAGACGGUGCUCACGGCGCAGGCGGCGGCCGACAAAAUCCGCCUCCUCGGUGAGGCCGAGGCCUCGUCCAUUAAAGCGGUGGGGAAGGCCGAGGCUGAGAAGAUGAGGCUGAAAGCUGAGGCCUACCAGCAGUACGGCGAGGCUGCCAAGACCGCGCUGGUCCUGGAGGCUCUGCCCUUGAUUGCCGGUAAGGUGGCUGCACCCCUGUCCAGGACCAAUGAGAUCGUCAUGCUGAGUGGAGACGGCAGCCGCGUGUCUGGAGAGGUCAACCGUCUAUUAGCUGAACUCCCUGUGUCCGUCAACGCCCUCACUGGGGUGGAUCUGACUAAGAUCCCUCUGUUCCAGAAGAUGGUCAGCCCACAGUGCCAAGCAGCCGUCUGAUGCACCAGGCCAGAGUCUCUGGUCCUUCAACAUUUAUCUGCCUCAAGCAUGAAGAGAGUUUUUUCAGCCUCCGGUCCCUUAUGCAACUGCCUUUGACCAGAAACACUUGACACCAAACAAGAGUUUUUUUUUUUUUUUAUACUUUUACAAGGUUUUUAAUUUUCUAAAGGAAAAAGCUGGGGCCUUACUUCUGAAGGACCAGCCUGUUAUGUAUUUUGGUUUGGAUUUAGUUUUAGACACAUUGAUCACUGCACUAGUCAGCCAGGAGUAUAUGCUGCCAACCGGUCCAGUCCUAUAAAUCAGUCAGUUGGUCCACUUUGAAUGGGGUGGUGUUAAACAUUAUUUUAGGCAGAACAACACCUCUGUCUUCAAUAGUUGGAGCUGGAAAGAGUC